CUAUAUUCAAGUUUAAGGUACUCUUAUCUAACCCUUAAGCUAGGCCUAGUUUAAGAUAUAAAUUUUCAAAAGAGGUUUUCAAAAUCUUAAACUUACCUUUGAUUAAGGUCAUCCAAAAACCGAACAGCGAAUCCGAAAUGCUCACUGUCGGGUUGGGUGGUAUCCCCAAACGAGUGCCUCAAGUUUGGUUUGUAGAUCCCGGACAACUGGGUGAUUGUUGGUUUCUGAGUGCAGUUGCUGUUUUAAUUGAGGUUUCACGAAUAUCGGAAGUUAUAAUUACACCUGAAUACAUUGAGGAGGGAAUAUACACAGUUUGUUUCUGUAUCCAGGCACCUGGUAAACCUGCAUUUGCCACCAGCAGGAAGAAAAAUGAAUUGUGGGUCUCUAUCUUGGAAAAAGCUUAUGCUAAGCUUCAUGGUUCGUAUGAGGCAUUGGAAGGUGGACUUGUCCAAGAUGCUCUUGUUGAUGUCAUUGGGGGCGCGGGUGAGGAAAUUGAUAUGAGAAGUACUGAAGCACAGAUCGAGUGGUAUUGUAACACCCUAAUCCGUCCAGACGAUGCGGUGAGGCAGAACUUCAUGGCUUUGAAUCAGAGAAAACUUUUCAUUUCUUCUUUCUUUGUUGAUGAGCUUUUAGACAAAAUAGAGUUUGCUAAGGCUUUUCCAGGUCCUGGUGCUAAAUAUGACGAGUUUGCAAAUCCUGGGAGAUUAGACUUAGAAUUGCAUCUAGUAACUGGUCCUAAACCCUUCAGAUUUAUCAAUGCCUGGGCCAACCAUGUUACUUUCUUGCCUCUUAUCUCUAAGUUCUGGGAAGAGAACCCCAAUUAUGGAGGCAUGUUUGGACUACAUCAAAAGCUUAAAAAACUCAAAAAUAUUCUUAAGAGCUGGAACAAAGAGACUUUUGGAAACAUCUUCUCCAAACUGACUCAAGCAAAAGACAAAUCUAUUGAAGCAGAAAAAGAGUUUCUUACAAAUCCUUCCCCCUCUAACAGACAGGCCCUUUCCCUGGCUCAAGUUGAACUCCAAAAUGCUAGUCUAAAUGAGAUAUCCUUCUGGAAGCAAAAAUCUCACCUAAAUUGGUUGGAGCUAGGUGAUAGAAAUUCUAAAUUUUAUCAAUCCUAUGUCAAGGGGAGAAGGAAAAAGCUCAGAAUAGGAAGAGUUAGAAGAGGUGAAGGUUCUUGGACAGAAGACAUGGAGGAAAUUCAAAAAGCUGCUGUAGAACACUACUCCAAACUCUUCACUGCUUCCCAAAAAGUUGAAGGAGGAAAUAUGAUCAUUAAGCUGGAUUUGUCUAAAGCCUUUGAUAGAAUGAGCUGGGAUUACCUGGAAAACCUUCUAGGGGCUUUUGGUUUCAAUGAAUACAACCAGAAACUUCUUCUAGCUAACCUGAAGGCAACUAGUUUCUCAGUCCUGAUUAAUGAUCAUGAGGGAAGCACAUCUUUACGCCCUACAAAUGGACCCUUGAAAAUCCAAAUGGAGAAUCCUGAGAGGAAUCCAGCUACUCCAGAUGUAGUCCAGUACAUUCCAAAGCCCAAGGAAAAAUGGGAUGAUAGAGAUUGCAAAAAGCACAAUAUGGACAACGUCGCCAAAGCAGCCAUUUUCAAGACACUUGAUCCCAUCACCUUCUCCAAGAUCAAGCAUCUCAAGACUGCCAUGGAGAUAUGGAAAGGUCUUGGGAAGCUAUGUGAAGGAUCAGAGGAUCUGAGAAAGCAGAAGAUAGAGAAUAUAAGGUUACUGAGGUCUCUUCCAACUGAGUGGUACACCAAGGCCACAGCCAUGGAAGAAGGAAGAAAUCUGGAGAACUACACUAUCCAAGGUCUCCUUGAUGAGCUCAGAACCUAUGAGCAUGAGCUGAAGAAGAAGAAGGAAGAACAAGUCACUCCCUUCCCCACAGCAUUGAUGACAACUUCCAGAGUCCCACCAAGCGAAGGGACAUGCACAAGAAACAAUGACACACCUUCCUCCAGCCAGCCAUCAAGCUCAAAAAUGGAGAACUACGAUGAGGAGUUUGCCAUGAUGGUCAAACAAUUCCGGAAGUUCAAAAAGUUCUUCAAGAAGGCUGACUCACUCAAAAGGCCAUCCAAGGGAAAGCCACAGGUAAGUGACUCCCCUCCUGAAUCCAAUUUGUGUUAUAAUUGCAGGAAACCUGGUCAUUGGAAGUCAGCAUGCCCGUACCCAAAAGUGGAGAAGUACGGAGAAAGAGAAAGGAACGAGAAGAAAAAGAAAGCAAUGGUUGCUGCUGAAAGUGACGAGUCAUCCAGCUCAAGCUCAGAUGAAGAAGCACUCGUCUGCAUGGAGCGCAGAGCUGAGAAGUCCAACCAUGAAGAUCGGUGGACUAUGUCAGAAGAUGACACCAUCUGCAUAAUGGCCAAAGAUGAUGCUGAUCAAGAGGUAACUUCACAAACCUCCUGCUCAUCUUCUUAUGAAAGCAUACCAACUUCUGAAAAUCUUUUUGACAAGUUCAAAAAGAUGAUGAAAGAUUUUGGGGAAAUAAAUCUCAAACACUCAUCCCUAACAGAGGAGAACAAGCUGUUGAGUGAUGAGAAUUUCAAGUUGACUGAAGGUCGGAAAAGUCAACUAAAUGAGAUCACUCAACUUAAAGCUGAAAAUGAAUCUCUCUCUGAAAAGGUGAAAUCCCUUAACCAGGAGCUAGGGAUACUUAAGUCCAAAGAAGCAGUGGAUAAGCUUCUUGAAGCGACCAAACAAAAGGGUCGUGAAGGACUUGGGUUUGACCCCUCCAGUUCCAAAAGAAAAGGGAGAACAACUUUCAUCCCUCCUAAACCUACUGCCAAACCCAAUAAGCAGAAAGGGAAGGAAAAGGAGAAACCAACAGAAGUUCCCACAAAGGUGGCUGAUGAGGAUAACAAGGAGGAGGUUCUCAAUGUCACGUUGCCAGCUGCAUACGAGAUGCGCUUACCAUUAGGAGAGCCUCUUCUGGUAGUAGCAUUCUCAGUCGACGACGCUGUUCAACAAGAACACGGCGCAUACCCGCUAGUGGAGGAGCAGUGCCUAGAGGAUACUGAGCUUCGUGCUUUUUCAUGGAAGAUUAUUCAGGCCAGACCUUUUGUUACUUGCCUUGCACGUUCCCUUCUGCCCGAGAUGUCGGCUAAUCUGCUGCCCAUUGACCUAAGAAUUCGUCCUUUGAGCACCACAUCUCUCACGAAGAUGGGGAUUGCGAAGAGGCGUCGAGUAGAAAACACUAACGUGCCGCCACUUGAUUUCUUUGACGGGCUUGAUACCAUCGUUCAUUGUCCUCUUCCAGAUGCCACUACAAGGACGUUUGGGGGUUCUUCUUCCUCCGUUCAGCCCGGGACAUACACAGCUUCAUCAGGCUGCGUUGAUCCUUCCAUCUUUCAGUCCAUCUUAGAGGAGAUGAGGAAGCUUAACACAAGGAUGGACUCUCUGGAGACAGAUUUUGCGUCCCACGCAAAGCAAUUUAAGAGGAUGAAUGAGCGUCUGGAGUCAAACACCAAACAACUGCUAGGGCUCGAGAUGAUGCUUGGUAAGAAGUUUGCACCUACAGCUCCUUCCUCCAGAGUCAGCCACCAAUUAGGCUCUAGCGGGCCUGGCGGUGCCUGCUUGCCCGCCUGUCCAUGUUCCCGAAGCUUCUCUGAUCCAGAGUAUCUCAAAGUUGGUGGUGGCAGGCUGACUGGCGGCCGCCAGUCUGUUACCUUGUGACGUCUGCCUGGGUAUAUAUAGCCCCCCUCGGUUUUCCCUCUCCAUCAUCCAAAAUUCUUCUUCCUUUUCUCUAUUUUAGCACAAGUUUUUCCUCUUGGAGUCUUUAAGCUUUGAUUGUAAGAGUUCUCAUAUUUGUACUCAAUUCGUCAAGAUUUAUAAGCUUUCUUUUGAACUUCUCUCUUAUUAAUAAAAAUUAUUUCUUUGU